AUGGGAGGCGGAAAUAUCCAUCCCCUUCCGCCGGAAAAUAACGAACAGGGGAAUAGUUCGGCCGAGAAUGCUUUGGUUUCUGCUUCUACGGUUACCGUCGGAAAUACCAAUCUUUCUGAUGCACCGGUUCUGUUCUUCGUUUACUUCCACAAGGCUUUCCUUGCUCAGCUAGCGGAGCUCCGGCGUUUUGCUACUGACGCCGUAGUAGCCGGUUUUUUUAGCCGGGAUCUGGCCGGGGAGCUGUGCCGGAAGUUUGAGUUUUUGAAGCUUGUAUAUAAGUAUCACUCCGCCGCCGAAGACGAGGUCCUCUUUUUGGCGCUCGAUGCACGGGUGAAAAACGUUGUCUCUAAUUACUCGCUUGAGCAUGAUGGCACAGAUGAGCUCUUCACCUCAAUUUUUGAAUGGCUACAUGUUCUUGAAGAGGAAAUAGGGAGCACAAGUGAUGUACUUCGUCAAGUUAUAGUAUGCAUAGGCACCAUUCAGUCAUCCAUAUCUCAGCAUAUGCUUAAAGAAGAGCGUCAGGUCUUUCCUCUGUUGAUUGAGAAGUUCUCAUUCCAAGAACAGGCAUCACUUGUGUGGCAAUUCAUCUGUAGUGUUCCAGCGAUGGUCCUUGAAGAGUUUUUGCCAUGGAUGAUGUCUUAUCUCUCUCACGAGGAGAAAACUGAAGUUGAGAAUUGCAUUAAAGAUGUUGUCCCAGUUGAACACUCAUUGCAACAGGUCAUAAGCUCUUGGCUUCUUGAAAACACUCAAUCUUCUUGUGUGGCUCCUACAAAGAUCAUGAAAGGAUUUCAGACAAAUCCGUCGUCCAGUGGAUGUUUUCAACGCUUUUGGCAAUGGAGUAAAAAGUCCCUUUCUGUUCAAGAUUUAGGACACAGCCCUAUUAAUGGACUUCAGAUUUUCCAAAAUGCAAUUGAAAAAGAUUUGAGAGAGAUUCAUGAAGGUUUAGGCCAAGCAAAAUCUCCAAGCCUUCUUUGGGACAUUGAUGUACUCAUGGCUCGAUUAAACUUUCUUGCUGAUGUUCUUGUUUCUUAUAGCAAUGCAUUCAAGAAGUUCUUUCAUCCGUUGCUAGAUGAAAUUACAGAUCGCCGCUCUUCUUCAACUGCCAAACAAUUCACCAUUGAUGGCUGUCUAGAGAAUUUUCAGAGAUUGUUAUACAAAACUGAUGGAAAAAUGAGAACAGACAAUUUUCUAUUGAAGCUUCAGGAGGAACUUGAGUCCCUUAUAGUCCAAGUAACAAAGCAAUUUUACAUACAGAGAACAGAGGUGUUCCCAAUCAUAAGCAAGAAUUGCAACCAUGAAAUGCAGAGGCAGCUUCUGUACACAAGCGUUCAUGUCUUACCUCUUGGAUUGCUAAAGUGUGUCAUUCUCUGGUUCUCUGCUCAUCUUUCAGAAGAGGAGUCUCAAUCCAUUCUUCAUUUCUUAAGUUCAGAAGAUUCUUCUCCAAGAAAACCAUUUGCACGCCUCUUGUUGCAGUGGUUUCGCUUUGGCUACUCAGGCAAAACCUCUGUUGAGAGUUUCUGGAAACAGCUGUCCCUAACGUUCAAAGUAAGAUGCUUCUGCCCAAAGGAAGAGGCAUCUGGAUCUAGAGUUGAUUUGAAUCUAUGUCCCGGGAAGAAAAACAAGUCCUCAACAUGCUUCCUGUUAAAAGAUCCGGCUGCUGGAGACAUGUGUGAGACACCUUACUCUAGCCGAAUGAAUCAGCAAAUGCUUUUCUCUGGAAAGCUUAAUAAGCCGCCUCCUCUCCAUCUUCCAGAGUUUUUUGGUGACAAGAACAUGGAUGAUCCAUCAUUCAUCAUGGAUGUAAAACCAAUUGAUCUUCUUUUCUUCUUCCACAAGGCAAUGAAGAUGGAUCUGGACUAUCUUGUCUCUGGAUCAGCUAGGUUGGCAGCUGACUUUCGUUUCCUUGGAGAGUUUCAACAGAGAUUCCAUAUGAUAAAGUUUCUGUAUCAGAUACAUUCUGACGCAGAGGAUGAGAUUGCAUUUCCAGCAUUGGAGGCAAAGGGACAGCUCAAAAACAUUAGUCACUCGUUUAGUAUCGAUCAUGAGCUAGAGAUCAAACACUUCGAUAAAGUGUCUUUCAUUUUGAAUGAGAUGUCUGAGCUGAACAUGUUGGUCUCCAGUGAAGCAGACCACCACCGGAAGAUGAAGUAUGAGCGGUUAUGUCUGAGUCUCCAAGAGCUGUGCAAAUCCAUGCACAAGCUAUUGUCUGAGCAUUUCCAACAUGAAGAAACUGAGCUCUGGGGUCUAUUCAGGGAAUGUUUCGCUAUUGAAGAACAAGAGAAAAUCAUAGGAUGCAUGCUUGGGAGAAUAAGUGGAGAAAUCUUGCAAGAUAUGAUUCCUUGGUUAAUGGAUUCUUUGACCUCUGAUGAACAGCACGCCGCGAUGUCCUUAUGGAGGCAAGCAACAAGGAAGACAAUGUUUGUUGAGUGGCUAACUGAAUGGUACAACGGUCAUUCUAUACAAGAAGAAGCAGGAGAAGCCAACAACGAUCCAUUUGGGGAUUCAGAUCCAUUGGAGAUUGUCUGGAACUAUCUCUUUGAAGGAGUUUCUGUUGGAGACAGAGGGAACUUUGUCGAAAUUUCAGAGACAGAUUACUUUACAGGUUUCUUGGAUAAGCCACUCGGAAAGACUGCUCCUGAUAAGAAUGUCGAAGUUGGAAACAGAGAGAAGGAACAUCAGGAAAUUUCAGAAAGCAAAAAGAUAUGUAGAGAAGCUGACAAAAAGGAGGACAAAGAACAAACUUGCAGCAAUUGUCAGAUCAAGAAUCAUGCUCAAGCGGUUCCAAUGACUCAGAAGGCAAGCCAGUUUGGUCAAUCCAAGAAAUAUGAACAACUGUUAACAAUGUGUCAAGAAGAGCUUGCGGCUAUGAUUAGAAAAAUAUCAUGCGACUCUUCACUGGAUCCUCAGAAGAAAUUAUAUAUCCGGCAAAACUUGUUGAUGAGCCGUUGGAUUAUCUCGCAGAGGAUGUAUAAUCUAGAACCUUUAACUCUCUCAAGCAAUGUAGAAACAGUUCCUGGUCAUCAUCCAUCUUACCGUGAUUCUCACGGUUUGGUAUUUGGUUGCAAUCACUACAAGAGGAGUUGCAAGCUUCUUGCUCCUUGUUGCAACCAGCUCUUCACGUGUAUACGGUGUCAUGACGAAGAAGCUGAUCACUCGGUUGAUAGGAAACAAAUCAAAAAGAUGAUGUGCAUGAAAUGCCUCCUGAUUCAGCCGGUUGGUGCAAAUUGCUCAAACACUUCUUGCAAGUUGUCAAUGGGAAAAUAUUUCUGCAAAAUAUGCAAAUUAUAUGACGAUGAAAGGAAAAUUUAUCACUGUCCUUACUGCAAUCUCUGCCGGGUAGGGAAAGGAUUGGGCAUUGACUACUUCCAUUGCAUGAAGUGUAAUGCUUGUAUGUCACGUUCUUUAGUAGAACAUGUCUGCAGAGAAAAGUGCUUAGAAGACAAUUGUCCGAUUUGCCACGAGUACAUUUUCACCUCCAGCUCUCCAGUGAAGGCUCUUCCUUGCGGUCACUUGAUGCACUCGACAUGCUUUCAGGAGUACACAUGUUCACAUUACACAUGUCCUGUCUGCAGCAAGUCGCUAGGAGAUAUGCAGGUCUACUUUAGGAUGUUAGACGCAUUGCUUGCAGAAGAGAAGAUGCCUGAUGAAUACUCCAACAAAACUCAGGUGAUACUAUGUAAUGACUGUGGAAGAAAAGGAAACGCUCCUUACCAUUGGCUCUACCACAAAUGCACAUCAUGUGGCUCCUACAAUUCAAGGCUCCUUUAG